AUGUCAUCUGCUAGAAAAAUUCUACUACAAUCUAUCCUCACAACAUCAUCUAAACAACUUACCACACUAACAAGUAUAAGGCCAACCUAUUCAAUUAUAAUUAAACAAAGAAAUUAUUCUGGCUCAUCCAUUUUCAAAGGUGCAAGAAAUUAUUUUCUUGGAUUUCGAAAUAAUUCAGGAGAAGAUUCUCAAACCAGCAAUAACAACUCAUCAAUGCAUUAUGAUUCAGUUGAUGAACUGAUUCCAUAUGUUCAAUAUCCAUUAUUUACAAAAGAACAAUUAAAGAAAAUUGCUACGGAUAAAUUUAAUUUACAAGUUGGACAUGCAUCAUUUGGAUAUCAUUCAGAUUCAAUUGUCCCCUCGAUUAAUUCAUUGAGUGAUUUAACUGAUCCUACCCUGUUAAAUAGUUUAUUACCAAGAAGAAGACCUCAAGGAUCACCUAGUGAUACAUUAAGUAUUAAAGCUGGUGAUGAUACCAUGUUAGUUUCCCCCACAGUAAUAGCUGUUGCUGAUGGAGUUAGUGGUUGGGAAAGUGAUGGUAUAACUUCAUCUUCAGGUAUUUGGUCAAGAUCUAUGGUGGAAACUUUUAGUCGAUUAAUGACAGAAUAUAAAUUAAAUCAUUUCCCUCAUUAUUUAAAUCAACGAGAUAUUCAAGAAAUUUUAGAUGAUUCUUAUUUACAUACUUCUCAUUUAAUGGAUUUACAAAAAUUAAAUGGUUCAUCUACAUUAAUUUUAGGGAUGCUUAAUGGUGAUUUAUUAUCAAUUAUAAGUAUUGGUGAUUCAAAAAUUUUCAUUAUUAGAGAUGGAAAAAUAAUUUUAACUAAUGAAGAACAAACUAAAGCAGGAUUAUGUCCAGAACAAAUAGGUACUCAUACUUUAGAUCAUUUACCUUCAGAUAUUGCUUGGAUCAAAUCAUUCAAAUUAAUGGAAGGUGAUUAUAUUUUAAUGUGUUCUGAUGGUAUUAGUGAUAAUUUAUAUGAAUGGGAAAUUUUAAAUUAUUUAAAUGAUUGGAUUAAUGCUAAACGUAAUAAUGUUAAAACUAUUGCCAGCAAAUUAUUGAUUAAAGCUAAAGAAGUUGCAUUUGAUGAUUAUGCUUAUACUCCUUAUAAUGAAAAAGUCAAUUCAUUAAGUAACACAGGUAGUGGUGGAACUAAUCAUCAACAUAGUCAAGGUGGUAAAGUUGAUGAUAUGUCAGUGAUUAUUGCUAAAGUUGAAUUAAAUAAAAAAGAUGGUUCUAAAUUGAUAAUCAAUUAG